UAUACUACUGUACACCUGUAUUACUGUACUUGCAAGUAACUGCACCCUCUCCUUCAUUGCUCAGACAUUAAAAAAAAAAAAGUGUCAAACUAUUGUUGUAGAGUGAGAGCACGUUCUUUUUAUAUUUUUAAACCUUCAUUCCUCUCAAUUGCCACUGUUGUCUCACCUGGUUGAAAGCAGACGACGUUAACAGUCGCUGCAAAUCGUCAACAUGGCCAUGACAACCUCAUGCAAUAAAACUUUCAGCCCCAACACAAGUACAGACCAAUCAAGGAGGUGUGGAAAAGUUACUGCUGCCAAGAGUAACUCUUUCUCCUUCUUACUUUUCUUGAUUAUCAACACUAUCCUCCUCUCCUCCUUCACCUCCAGUCCCCUUGCUGACGCUGCAGUAUACGAAGUAACCGUCACCAAGCCCUCUCCGACCGCCUCAACAUCCAAGGGUCAAUUAAAUGGAAGUGCUGGCCAUCUCAUCCAGUCCAAAUACCUCGGCAACUCUAUCCUCACCAAUGCCAGGAAUCUCGGCUACACUGGCAUCAUCAGCCUCGGAACCCCACCACAAUCGUUCGAGGUGGUCUUUGACACUGGCUCGGACAUGAUCGUUAUUACAUCCGACCAAUGUCAAGGCACUUGCGAGUCAAUGCCCCAUUAUACCUGUAAUACGUGCUCAAAGACACCGUUUUCCUAUAAUAUCACUUAUGGUGAUGGCUCCUGGGGCGCAGGACCGAUUGUGGCGGAUACAGUGGCCAUUGGAGGUCUAGUCAUCCAUGACCAACAGAUUCUGGAUGUAACAAGGAGUGCAUUGGAUCUCUCUGCAUAUGGGCCAGGUAUCGCCGGUCUGGUCGGACUGAUGCCAACGUCCCCAGUAACGAAUGCGAUCCCACCGUUGGAAACAAUCUUCAAGGAAAAACUGUUGGACAUGAACGUCUUCUCUGUCUAUUUGACGCCUUCUCUGGUCAACAAACAGGGUGGUUCGUUCUUGUUUGGAGGGAUCGACAGCACAAAGUACACAGGGUCAUUGAACUACGUGCCCAUCUCGACAGGGUUUGGUACGAGCAGGGGGAUGUGGUUCAUUGAUGCUGAUGGAGCCUAUAUAGGAAACACACCCGUGCCAGGGUACAAAACAUCGCCCUGGCUCUUUGACACCGGUACCUCCUUCAUUGCAGUGCCUAUAGACUUUGCCCGAGCGUUCCAUGCGACACUCCCGGGAGCAGUUUUCUCUGAAAGCGAUCAAGUGUAUAAUGUGCCCUGUACUGGGAAUACAACCUUUGGCAUUACGUUCAACGGUAUCAAAUACGAAGUCCCUUAUCUGGAUUACGUUGCCAGGAUCCGGGGGAGCACUAAUUGUAUUUCAAUGGUGAUGCCAUUAGGCAACUACGAGAUCUUCAUCCUUGGUGAUCCAUUCUUGAGACAGGUCUAUACUGUAUAUGAUUUCACUCCAGGUGCAAGUAGGAUCGGGCUUGCACCUGUGAACCCGUCCAAUGCAUCUUUGGGAGUCGAGGGUCUCUCUGGAGAGCCCGUCCCAGGUGGAGCGGUCAUCCAACCUAACGGUAGUCGUAGUCGUAGCAGUGCCCAUACCAUCUAUCAGAAGAGGGAUGGUGCAUCAUCGUUCAUGAUCCUUUCAACAGGCACUGCAAUGUUUGCGACUCUAUUGAUGCUGAUUGCAUAGACAAAUUAUAAUAUGAGAAAUAUGAGAAAUAUAC